ACUAAGAACAUUUUUUAAAACUUUAUUUUUAUAGUUAUCAGUCAUAGUGUGAACGGCCCUUAACUCGUGUAGUUUACUAAUGUUGAAUGGAACAAAUGGUUUUUGCUGCAGGUAACUGUGUCUUCGUAUUUAGAAGGUGAAUAAACCGUAUAAGCCAUUUCCUUUUUUUGUCUCUUCAGGUGGUACAGGGUUGGAUGAGGUCUUAUCAACAACGACGACCGUUGCUCUCAAAGAACCAAAAUGCAUGACAAUGCAGGUUUGCUGUAUUAUUUUGCUGUAACAAAUUUGUCUCUUUUCUUGUUUUUGUAGUUCUGUCACAUAAUGAUUUAUGGCAUUGAACAAUAAACUGUUUUACUUAUGACAGUUUGAAGGGAUGAGAAAAGGUUUUCAGCAUCUCUGAAAUCACAGGAUGCUGAUGUCGGGCUCAUACUGUUCAUCUCAGCUCUCUCCUUGCAUACGUGGUUCAAUAUGGUAUGACAUCUUUUCAGUUGAAGAACAUCAACUUUAAAGAACAAUCCGUUGACCAAGACUUAUGAAGGACUUUUCCACUAAUACAAUUCUAUUUACAAUUCUGUAUUUAUGCUAGUUUUAUGUAUUCUGCUGAUGUUCUGUGCAAGACCACGCUGUCUCAUCAUAGCUGGACGAUCCACUAUACAGCCACAACACUUUGGAAACUACACUCUGUUGGACCAGUUCACAUGUUUCUGUUGUGGAAUUGGUGCACGUUGGCCAUUCCAUUCUCUUAACACUGGACACACUUAUGCUCUGGGAAUUUGAGGACACCAGGAAACUGUCUGCAUUUAUGUUAUGCUUUUAACCAAAAUUGGAUGGUUGCAAAAUAGAACAUUAUUUAUUUCCUAAUAGGAUGUGUAACUGUAAAAAAGUGACGUAACCCAGAUUGCACCUACAAAUAGUUUUUUAUGUAGUGUUCUGUAAGAGGUUGGUUCUUUAUGUUUUAGUUCUUGAGACUGAGGGGAUUGAGAAUCAUUGAGAUAUUGCAUACUGUACCUAGUGCCAAGUGACAGUAUAGAAAGCAAGUUGAAACCAUUUAUAAAACGUGCAUGUGCACAGAUUUGAUCUUGGAGUGUGUAUGCGCUAAAAUCCAGUGCCAGGUUGCACGAAAACCUUUAAGAGAACCCUUAACAAGAAAAAAGAGAAAGGGGUUCACUUACAUAAUAAUUAAGGCUCAGUAAGUUUUCACCCUUAACUACUUAAGUGUUCCCAUAAGUGUUGUACGUUGCAAGUCCUUAAGUUAUUUUUCUACUUUCAAAAAUGAAGGGACCGAAACAGCUUCCUUAAAUCUUAAAUGCGAUGAAUGGUAUCAUGUUCAUUAAAGUGGAGGAAAGUAAUGACGCUCACUUUCAGAGAUAAAAUGAGACUAAUAACACAAUAAAAUUUAGAGGGUGUUUUUUCUUUUUGCGUAUGUAUCUAAAAUAACUUUUAACAAACGGUUAAGACCUUUGUUGCAACGCUCUUAAAGAAAUAAAUCCCUUACCUUUGGGAUGUUUUUCGCCUCAGGAAAACCCUCACUUAAGGGCUUUCAUGCAGCCGGGCACUGACCCCAAACACCCCACAAUCAGAUUUAUAGCAAAUUUAAAACAGUCUUUGACAUGGAGGUUUUAAGCAGGCGUACUGUACACACUUGUGGUGGAGUAUUGCAAGUAGGCCUGUUGGGAAAGUUAAGCUACAAUCACAGCAACAACAUUCAAAUUAGCAGCAACAAUUGCUUCUGUAAGGUCAUUGCUGAUGUCUUUCCGCCUGGGCACUCAAUACUUCAAGCUUCUGUUUUUAUAAAGGAACUCACAAUCACUGAUGAUCAAUGAAUCAAGGGCAUUUGAUUACCAGUACGGGUGUACUUACUUAGUUUUUCAUACAUGGCUUCUCCAUUUUUACAAAUUUUUGUUAAAUUAUUGCAGCUGGGGUAGGUCUGCUGAUGCUCUUAAUUAUGCACUUUUUUGAAUGUUCCUAUCAGUAUCUUUACAAAAUGGGUGACACGUAACACAAAUAGUACUUCAUAAGUUGUGAUCUGUAUAUUCAGAUUGAUUGCUAGGCCCAGACGCUUGUGUAUUUAUUCAUUUUGACAGCAUUGCAUUUAACUGGCAGAUUAAAGAGACUGUUAUGUCACACACAGGCGACUACAACAGAAAUGCAAUGAAGCUUCACACUGUGAAAUGUUCAAGGCAUUCUGAAAUUUCAAGGCUCAAACACAUCAUGGAUUAAUUUAUUGGAUGGAUGAGACAAUCUUUUUAAUGAUCUGUUCUAGCCUACUUUAUACAACUCGAGUUUACUAGAAUGUAAAAUACAGUUUAGGAAUAUAAAACAAAUAGGAAACAGGACUCAGGAUCAGCAACUCUGUAGCUUUAUCGUGAAAUUGGGCUACUUUUAAACUGAUUCCGCGGGUUCAAGGUUUGAAAUAUAUACAUUAUUGUUGACCUAAAUGCAUUUAUUGAUCCAAUUUACUCAACCAGAUGUAUAUUCUAACAACAAUAAAACUGUGGCGCUAUAUGAUUUGACUGAGUGAGUACAUUUAUGUCAGGGAGGGGCACUGCAUGGUUUUUGUUUCCAUGGUAAUAGAUUGGCAGGUGUUACGACCCUAGGCGUGAUCUAGGGGUGUUGGGAUGCAACAUUUAAAAGAACAAAUUACUGCGUGUGUGUGAGAGAGAUUGUCACCAACAACGGAUACAAAGUUAAAGAAUACAAAAUAGUGACAAGGUGUUGUAAAAAAGGUGAAAGAAAUAAUAAUAGGGAAAAUAAUUAUAAAAAUAGUGUGACUAUUUACAAUAUUUACAGGACACAAAACAAAACACCAGGGGAAAAGGGAUGCGAGUGGUGCAAAGGAAAGAACAGAACAGAACAAGAGAACCCAUUUUAAAAGCCCUUAAAACUAGCUAAUAGGUUGUUGGCACAUGACGUCACGUCACCUUGCGAAGUGCAGCUGGAGGGCAGGAAGUGAUUUUCUACAUAAGAAUUCACUAUCACUAACUCAAAAUACCUGUUUUGCGUAGUUUAUGGUUGUUCAAAUAGACCAAACCAUGAAACCACGAGGCAUAUUUAUUGUGUAGCAAAAGUUGUUGUUCAUGAAGGGGGAAAAUGCGAGUAUUGAUGGAAAAAUGCUGGAAGACGUGGCAUGUGACCCUGAAUCUGCAGUCAGGAGGAGCCAAGUCGGGUAAUGGGGAGUGUCGGUACACGAUCCGGGAUGCCUGCACGAUCCGUUCACGCAUGCGCAUAAUGACGUAGUAGAAAACGCACAAAUGAUAAUUCUGUUUUGCACCGAUUUACGACACUGCACGAUCUGUUCCACACUUGCGCACCUUUGUACCGUGACUUUCACUACUGUUCACCUCUGGUCUCAUGUCACUCUGUGUGCAAACUAUGCGUUCUUUCAAGUCAUUUCCAUUGUCAUUUUGAAAUACUUUGUAACGUUUCCCCAGACUUGUUUGUAGUUCUUUCUUCAUGUAAGUGCAGAUAGUCUAGGCAGAAAUGCAUGUUACUUAUUGUCUUCUGUAAACACCAUUGAAGAGAUUAUUUUCCUCAUUUAGAUUAUAUAGAUAGAUAUAUUAGCCUAUAUAGACCCAUACUAAUACAAAAUUACUCAAUUUAAAGUUAACUAAUAUUAGCAUCUUUUAAUAAAAAAACGACACAAACCGUCUUUGACAAUACUCCAGACCUCAGAUCGAAACACUGCCAUACAGCAAUGAAUCGCAAAGGGGAGUAUGGAGGAAACUGAAGGUUUGCAGUGACUGUGGGAUUAUUAAUCAGCUUUAGCUCAGUUUUAUAUUUUAUGAGUGUUUUUAUUAAUCAUCCAAACCGUGUGCUUUUGUCAUGUGCUUGCUAUUUUACUCAGUGAAAAGUUACUGUGGCGGGCGGAGUGAGACAGGAUAAGUGGGGGUUGGAACCAUAAAUUUAACUAAGUCAACACACACACACACACACACACAAAGAGUCACACAGAAAAUAAAUGUUAUGAAUCAAUCCACUGCAUUUGUUUUAAGUAUAAUCAUGAGUUGUGAUGUGUUUUAAUGAAUCAUAGGAUUAAGAAACAACGCUACAUAAUUAAAAGCAUUAGAUGAUUGAGUGUUUUCUUUUUACUAAAAGAAUGUUAAGAAUGUUGGUAUGUUGUCCGGCCACAAGAAACUGUCUCUAUGGAACACUCCCCAAAAAGAAACUGUCUCUAGGGAACACUCCCCAAAAAGAAACUGUCUCUAGGGAACAUUCCUCAAAACUAGCGACUGACCACAGGAUAUAGGGCAUGUGUUGUGGGAGAUGUUGUUUUGCAGGAACUGACAAAGAAGGGCGAAGUCAGAUGGACUGGUUCACGGUGAUUGGUUGCUAGGGAGCAAUGCUCCACAGAGAGAAAGGAGGAGUCAGAAGAUGAGAACGACGUCAAAUACUGAAUAAAUAUGUGUGUUUUUUGAAUAAUCUGGGUUGUUGGCUUUUGAGAGAGUGUGGAGAGUGACUGACAACCCAAAGCUUUGUUACCUUUUUACAUCUGAUAAUAAACUUCUGUUAAAUUUUGGAGAACGUCUCCGUGCAAAUUUUUGAGCAUGCAGGACUGCCUUUUAAGUCCAACAUGACAUAAAAACUGAGACUUUAUUCCACAUGUAACCAAAAUCGUGUAUGUUCAUGUAACAAGUCCUUUAUUAUUUUGGAUUGGCAACCACGUAAACACAUCGUAAUGCAUUGCGUAAGCUACAUUUAAAAACAUCAAAAUAGACCUGCCGUGAACUGUUAAGUGAAAAACAUAAUGUAGCCUACAAAAAUAUGCCGCCAGUUAUGCCGCCUGGCCGUCAAGUGUUUCAGCGCAUACGCAGAACGGAUCGUGCAGGCAUCCCGGAUUGUGUACUGACAGGAACUAUGAAGUCAAUUCAAUGCCACAUACUGUAUAUUUGCAAAAGAAAAUGAAAAAUUGGGCAAAACAAAUAAAAUUGCAAACAAAAAUAAUGAUUCGCAAAAGAAAAAUUAGGUGGCACUGGUUUGACGUGGGGGCGGAGUCAAUGGAUUGCGGCGUGUAUAACGGGUCUGGGCAUGCAUUCCUCGUUACGUCAUCAGUGUGAGUCGCAGACUACGUGCAACAGAUCCAUCGUCAUGGCAGAGCAGAGGAGGCAGAUCUUAAGUAUGUUUAGGUGAUUGUUUUUACAAAUUAAACCUGUGUUUUGUUUCUGUUUGUUAACUAAAAUGUAUAUUAACACGUUUGCUCAAGUUAAAGAACUUGGAGAUCAAUAAAUGCGGUGUUUUUGCAGUACAAAUGCUGCUAACGUUACAUGUAUUCUACAGGCCAACAGACAACAUAAAUGGUAAUCAAUCUGCCAAAAACAAAGUGGUUAUAUACACUUUCACUGUAUAAAGUGUUAUAUAUUAGGGGUGGAACGGUUCAUUCACGGUUCAGGCGUCACGGUCUGGUUCAUAUACUCUGACGACGAAUACAGUCAGUCACAGGCGCCCAGAAGGGGGCGCGCAUGAUAAUGCAACGCUAACUGUCACAACAGGGAAAAGCAGAAGAAGAGAUCUGCUAUACAUCGAAAAUAAGAAUGGCAAGUUCAGACAGCACGCAAGAGCUCGAAGACCUGCCUGCUUGUUUUAAAUCCGUAGUGUGGGAAAGCUUCAGGUUUCCUGUGAAGUACGGCAGUAAAGGAGAGCGAGUCGUCGAUAGGACAACGGCGGUGUGUCAGCGUUGUAUGGCGGCUGUACGGUAAGUGAGUGGAAAUACGACCAAUAUGCUAACACAUAUCAGACAUCAUCCAGAUGUGCCAGUCACCGGAGAUAGGCAGAAAAAGAUUACAGUAGUGCAACAACUAAUCCCUGCAGCUUUUAAGCAGCCUUUAGAUGUGAGAUCAGACAGGACCAAAGCUAUUACGGAGGCUAUUGGCAUAUACAUUUCAUCAGCAAUGUGCCCAUAUUCAGUAGUAGAGGAUCCCGGCUUCAAGUAUUUAUUAAAUGUGCUCGAGCCACGUUACACUGUCCCAUCUCAUGCGCACAUAAGGCAGUCCGUGGUCCCUUCUCUAUACACACGCACAAGAGCAUUGAUUGAACACGACUUGUCCACUGCACCCGCUGUUGCAUUAACAACAGAUGGAUGGACCUCCCAUGCUAUGGAAAGCUAUCUCACAGUGACAGCGCACUUCAUCAACUCUGAGUGGGAAAUGAAAAGCCCAGUGUUACAAACGAGGCCGUGUAUGAACAGCACACAAGCACACACCUAGCUGAGAAACUCCAAGAGGCAGUAGCAGAGUGGAAACUUAAGCCUGUUGCAGUGACCAUUGACAAUGCAAGAAACAUUGUUAAUGCUGUCAGUGAUGCAGGAUUGGGUCCAGAUAUUGGAUGUUUUGCCCAUACAUUGAACCUGGCAUCACAGAAAGGAAUGGCAGUCAGCCAGGUAUCUCGACUGCUGGGAAAAAUAAGAAAAACUGUUGGCUUUUUCCACCGCAGUGGCUGCCCAUAUAUUGGAGGCAGAAGCAGAAGAUGCUUAACUUGCCAAAACAUUGUUUAAUACAUGACGUGCCCACACGCUGGAACUCCAGCUAUGAGAUGGUUGAGCGGUAUCUUGAACAGAUAUCUGCUGUUUACUCCACUCUAACAGAAAGAGCCCAUAAAAAUAAAGAUAUUGCCAAUCUGACUGACCAUGAGCUGAGCAUCGCAGAGAGUGUGAUUGAGAUUAUGAAGCCUCUGAAGAUGGUCACAACAAUACUGAGCCCUGAGACAACCCCUUCAGUUUCCAUGAUCUUACGAUUAAAUUUUUUUAUCUUGGAAUCCAUGAAACAAAAUGAUGGAGAUACUCCCACUGCCAGGGAAAUCAAGCAAGCCAUCAGUGAAAAUCUGCAAACAAGGUAUUCUUCAUGCCCUGGUCUUGAGGACUUCCUUCACAAGUGCACUGCACUUGAUCCGCAUUUCAAGACACUUCCUCACCUUGAUCCAGCCUAUCAGCAGAGAAUCUAUGAAGAUAUCCUCAUCACAGAAGUUCUGAGCAGAGCACAACAGGGUGAGACCAGAGAGACUACAGAGGCCAGUCCAUCAACUUCAUCAGAGCCCAGUCCAUCAACUUCUUCAGAGCCCAGUCCAUCAGCAGUGACAGCAGACUCAGAGGUAGCACCUUCCCCUCCACCAAAGAGGUCAGCCAUGGCAGAAUUUUUGGCCCACUCUUCGAAACUGUUAAAAAGCACCAGCCUGAUUUGCAGCAGCAGUUAAAGGAUGAAGUGUACGCCUACAUGGCAAAGGAGUGCAUUUCAAUUGAUUCCAACCCGCUUGCCUGGUGGAAGGCUCAAGAGUCUCUAUAUCCAAAUCUAGCCAAACUGACAAAGUGUUACCUGGCAAUACCUGCAACCUCAGUCCCAAGCGAGAAGGUUUUCUCAACGACAGGUGACAUUGUUACCGCCCACGAUCUUCACUCACUACUGAAAAUGUGGACAAACUGAUAUUUUUGAAGAAAAACUUGAAAAUAUAAUAGAUCUGAAGCCUUUUAUUUUUAUACUUUAAUUAUUUUGAAGCAUUUUUUGCACUUUGAAGCAAAGUUUAUUGGAUUUUAAACUUAAUGCACAUUUCAUUUAAUGUUUUUCUGUCGUUUUAGGAGAGGGUUGGCUUAACCUUUGAAAGUUUAAUAUAUAGUCUCCUAAUUAAAAAGUUUUUCUUUUUAUUAUUAUAUUUAUUUUGUACUUUCAUAUCACAAGAAGCUUUUCAGUUCUGUAGCUGAUUGUGACCAAACACUACCGCCUGUUCAAAAUAAACAGAAAAAAGCAAGCACUGGGGAUUUGUUGCUUAUUCCUGUUGUACCGAACCUGUAUCGAAC